UAUUACGAAUGGUUUCUAUUUAUUUUAAAAACAAAUCGCACAUUUUGCAGCUGAAUCACGCUGAAUAUUGUUUAAUUUAUAAAAGUGAUUACCUAAAUAAAUGGCGCUACAAACCUUUCGCAGCGUUGAAGAGAUUCCUCGACAUUUUAGAAAUAUAUUUUCCCAAUAUGUACAAUUUAAUUUUGUGCAGUCUGAAGUUUUAGACGACAUUAUAUAUUCGGAUGACUCCAUCGUUGUUUCUGCGCCUACAGGUUCGGGGAAAACAACGAUUUUUGAGUUAGCGAUAGUUAGGUUGUUAAUGCAAGUUGAAAAUGAUACUUCAGGAUUUAAAAUAAUUUACAUAUCCCCCAUAAAAUCCCUUUGUCAAGAACGGCUCGUAGAUUGGAACAACAAAUUUUCUCGUUACGGUAUCAAUUGUAUCUGUGUAACGGGAGAUUCUGAAAAUGUCGACUUCCGAAACUUGGUUCAUCACAACUUGAUCAUUUCUACGCCGGAAAAAUGGGACAGUUUGACCAGGAAAUGGAAGGAUAACGAGAGUAUGGUCAGAAUAGUGAAAUUGUUUAUGAUAGACGAAGUUCAUCUACUGAAUGAGGAAGAUCGCGGGUCAACGUUAGAGGUUAUUGUCACCAGAAUGAAGACAGUGCAGAAUUCCAUAUCCAUUAAUGAGAUUGAAAACUGUAAAAUAAGAUUUAUCGCCGUGUCUGCAACGAUUGGCAAUGUUGAAGAUAUCGCAGAAUGGAUAGGAGGCAGUAAAUAUUUUCGGUUUCCAGAGGAAAUACGACCAGUCCAUUUGAACAAAAUCAUUCUCGGUUUCAACGCACACCAAAACCACCACUUUAAGUUUGAUCUUUCAUUAAACUAUCGGUUGCAAUCACUACUAAUACAAUAUUCCGAAGGAAAACCAGCUCUAAUUUUCUGUAGUACGAGGAAAAGCGUGGAGAUGACAGCCAAACAUUUACUACAGACUCUCAAUAUCAAGUUGGAUUUCAGUCAGGUAGAGAAGUUACAACAACUUUCACAGCCGAUUACUGAUUUAAAGAUCAAAGAAAUGAUAAAAAACGGUAUUGGAGUCCAUCAUGCAGGAAUGGAUCCAUGCACCAGGCAUACAGUCGAAGAAAUCUUCCGCGGAGGCGAUUUGCCUAUCAUGAUCGCCACCAGCACGUUAGCCAUGGGCGUGAACCUUCCCGCACACUUGGUAAUCAUCAAGUCGACCAAAUGCUAUACCAAUAGAGGUUUUCAAGAUUAUAGCGCCACUGCCAUUCAUCAGAUGAUCGGAAGAGCUGGAAGACCUCAGUUUGACACCAGCGCCACUGCUUUAAUUUUGACAACGAAUGAGGACAAGGUUAAGAUCGAAAAAAUGUUGAGCUCCAGCGAACCGAUAGAAUCGAACCUACACAGGCAUCUCACUGAGCAUCUAAAUGCCGAGGUAGUUUUGGGCACUAUCACAGGCUUGGACGUGGCGUUGCAAUGGCUGGCUUCCACGUUUCUGUAUAUAAGGGCACGAGCGAAUCCGCGACACUAUGGAUUGUCGCUAAACUAUACGAAGGAACAAUUGGACCGAAAAUUAUUAGAAAUGUUCCAGAUAGAUCUAAACAAACUGGUAAGUGCAGGAAUGAUUAUUAUGGAUGAAAACAUCAACGUAGCUCCAACAAUGACAGGCAGUUUAAUGGCGAGAUAUUACGUCGAUUUCGAGACUAUGAAGAUGUUCACGCAGAUAUCGGGUAAAGAAGUUUUUAUACAAAUCCUGGCUAUGAUAUCUAAAUGCGAAGAAUUCGCCGAUAUGCGGUUAAGGGUAAACGACAAGAAAAGUUUGAACUUGUUAAAUAAAAAUGCCAAAAAGCAGACCAUCCGAUUUCCUUUGAACGGAAAAAUUAAAACUUGUGACAUGAAAGUCAACUGCGUCAUUCAAGCGGUGUUGGGAAACCUAGAAAUAACAGACGUGAACAUCCAAACAGAGUCAUAUCAGAUUCUGAGAAGUGCACAGCGCAUUAUAAAAUGUUUAAUAGAUUAUAUAUUGAUGCGAGAGGAUAACUGCUACAUGGCUCUUCUCAAUGCCAUAAUAUUCGGAAAGUGCCUGACAGCCAAAUUGUGGGAAAAUUCUCCGUUUGUCAGUAAGCAACUGACUGGGAUCGGUAGUACUUUUGCUACCCAACUAGCGAACGCCGGGAAAGAUACGUUUGGAAAGAUUCUGGAAUCUAGCGCACGCGAUUUAGAGCUGAUUAUAAAAAGGAAGCCACCUUUUGGCGACUAUCUCAUCGAAGAAGUAAAACAUUUGCCUAUUUUUAUGAUGAGUCUGGAACCAAAUGUUGAUGACGGUUUACAAUUGACUAUAGAAUUAGUAAACGUCGAUGAUCUCCGCCAAAAAUCGACGAUAAAAACGUCGUCCGUGUUCAAUUUGCUAGUGGGCAAUAAUUUGAACGAAAUUCUAGUCCACAAAAAGUAUCAGCUUUCUAAUUUAAUAAAUUAUGCACGUAUAGUUAAAAUCAUAGGCGUACUAGAGCCUGGAGUAGAGUUUAUCCAAGCUCACUUUAUAAAUGAGGAUUGGGUGGGUGUAGAUUGCAGCUGUGAAGUAGUUGUGUCUAAUGUAACUGGAAAUAACCUUAAACCCGCACCGACACUCCCAAAACCUCAUCAGCCCUCUUAUAAACAAACCUUUUUAGAUGUCUACAUGAAAAGUAAAAAGCCUAUCAAAGGAAAAAUUCCUAAGAAAAUUGAAAAGAUCAAUUCUAAGACGUUGAAUCCUGAAAAUAAAUUAAUUAACGAAAUUUCUACCAAAGAAAUUUUCCAUAAAUCAUCAAUACAAGAAAAUAAGUCGUUGAAGAGUGUUGGUAGUUUACAAGACAAAUUUGCUAAACAAUUUGUGAAUGCAGUGCAAGACACUGAAGCGAUAUACGAAAAUUCGAACGAUAGAAACGAAGAAAUAGUUCAUGUGACCAAAUCUAAACCGGAACUUACCUUAUUUGACCUAUUUGACUUCCCAGAGGAAGAUAUGACGGAAAAAUCAGUUCAGUCUACUAACCAAGAAGAAACUGUUCCGAAUUUGUAUAAAGGAACAGAAGAAACAGAUCAAAACCUUACCUUAUUUGACCUAUUUGAGUUUCCAGAGGAAGAUAUGACGGAGAAAUCAGUUCAGUCUACUAACCAAAAAGAAACUGCACCGAAUGUGUAUAAAGGAAUCGAAGAAACAGAUCAAAGCUUGCUUGCUUCUAGUACUAGUUUGCAGAAAGAUGAAGAGAGUCUGCGGAGCAUUUUUAAAUCGGAAGAGUUUUUAUUUUCCGAUUCGGAAUUGCGGGAGUACGAGGAAUUUUUUGGCGAUAACAAAAUGACAAAGACGGCAAUUGAUCAUUUGGAAAGGAGUGGAAGUUUACCUCCUAACCUAACCGAAAGGAAAAAUGACGUGGAAAAAGAAACGGAUUGCAAGGACCGAUUUACAGGAGACAACAACUUAGAUGUCGAUAACACUACCAAUGGUGAGGAACCGAAAAAGCCUACCGUCUUAGGAGUUAAUGUAUCCACUCCAGACACAACAAUUGUUGAAGACAAGCCCGAAACUGAUGACGCUAGGAGUAACAAAAAAUUUGAUGUACACAGCUUAACAGGCGGUCAAUCCUUGUUCUUUUCACUUUCGCAUAAAUAUUUAACAGACGAAGCUAUAGAGGAUACGAAUACCAGUGCUAAAUCAGCGUGUACUGCUAAGAAUGUUAUUUUAAGAAAUAUACUAAACCCCAGAGGAAGAAAGCGAAGGAAAAAUUCCGAUAUUCAUCCUGCCGAAGAAUUAGAAAACCAACUCAUGAUGGAAACGAGAGCGGAAUCCCAGAUCAGAAAUGCGUAUUUCAGUGCAUUUAGGAAACCUCAAAAGACAAAGUUGGCCCAUAACCGCAGCUUCCCGGACUCUACAGUCAACAAUCACACUCCCAGAAGUUCGAUAGUUGAUCCAGAAGAUGACCAAUAUGCUAUUGAUACUGAAGAGUACUCAGAUAAUCAGAAGAACGUGAAGUGGAAGUCGCCGCUAGUGUUUUCGCCUGGUAUCAAGUUUUCUCCUAACAUUAGUCUUGGUAAUAGUUCAAAGGAAAAUGUUGAGAAUGACUGCCUUAACUACUCUUUUGACACAAAUACAACGAUAUCACCCAGAGAACCGAGAAAACAACCUACAAAUGUCCAAAGAACCCCGAAACAUUUGAAAAGGAACAGUUCUAAACAAGCUUUGACCAAUGCCAAUCGGUUUCCUUUGAGCGACAAGGAAACUAGAAGAUCCAAGGAGAUAGAUAAUAUCGAAAAAUUCUCGAAUAUUUGUUCCACGCAGCUCUUGGAGGGAACAAUAAGUACACCGGGUCAUAGUGCUCAUAGUAAUGCUCUGGAUUAUUAUUCGCAGUUGGUGCCUCUUAGUAAUAGAAGAAAAGCCAAACAGAUGCCUAAGAAAGAGCGGAAUCGUUCACCAGAAAUUGAAAACAAGGAAAAUGUGGAAAGUAACGACGAGAUGGAUGACGAAUCGACUCGACCCAUUAAGAAAACUCCCCAAUGUGACCUGAACACUUCUAAAGUUACAUUAAAUUCUCAACAUGAGGACGAUUUAAGUGACGACGAUCUAGAUAUAAGUGUCUCUCGUCUAAGCAACAAACAUCUUUCCCAUAACGUUUCCGAUGAAUUUAAUCCCCGUUCACAAGAGUAUAUCGAUUCUAAGGUACGAAACAACUACCCCUUCUAUCCGGACGACUUUCCUAGUAGGCGCGAAGUGGUUGUACCAGAUGGGUACUACGGUUAUGACACAGUACCUUACCGAAACACCUACAGACCGUCCAGGGUGGUGACCCAACCCGUACACUGCUCCAGUUACGUGGACAUAUUCGGACAACCCGGAAAGACCUAUCGAGGAAUAUUUCCUGCGAGGACUUGUGAAUUGCUUUCCCAGAUGUCCCAGAUGAUGCCUGUGAUGCAGAGUCAACAUUAUGUCAGCGGGGAUCAUGGGGAUGUGUAUCGGACUGAAGUGGCUCAACCGCCGACCUCUUUGCCAAGGACUUCAGAAGAAUACGCAGACUCCAGACCGUUCCCCCUUCAAAACAUAACAAACAUUAUUCCCACAACUCCGUCAAGAAAUAUAUACAGAGAUAACGAAGUACCCAACGACCUUAACAGUUCAUUUAGAGCGCACAACACUCCUUAUCCUCGUUAUCAGAAUCAAAACAUUCCAGUUUCUUACACACAGAUCCAUAGUCCCGAAUUACCACCCCACAGCGAUCUCAAGAGUUCUUAUAGAAUCCAAAACACUCCGUAUCCUCGGUCUCACAACCAAAAUAUUCCUGUUUCUUGCCCACAGAUUCAUAGUCCUGAAUAUUCGGGAUACUAUUCUAGAGUGGAGGAAGCUGCACCUUAUGGAUACGCCCCUGAAGUUCAUACAUACCAAAACGUGCCACCUGUGGAUAAGGAAUACAUAUUGAAUAAAUACUGGGGGUCAUUUAAUAGUCGUGAGUAAUUUUUUUGUGAUCAGCGAGCUGAAUUUUAGUGCCAUAAAAAUGUAGUAUUAAGCAGAUUAUUGUCGUCAUUAAAUGAUGUUAAGUUUCAAGAGUUUAAUUCUUUAAGUUAUAUUUAGUUUCGUUGUUUAUUAGCAAAUUAUUAUCAUAACGAGAUGCUACCCUAGAAUAAAAAAAGCUGUACCUUAUAGGUACGCUCCAGAAGUUCGCACAGACCAAAACGUAUCAUUGUGGAUAAGAAAUACGUAUAAUCCUUGGGCCCACCAUUAAAAAAUAUAUAUUACCUCCCUCAUUAGACUUUUUUAUUCAGUUAUUCAUCUCGAGUCGGCCAACUUUUCUACACUCCUAACCAAAAUAAUCGGGACACCUUAAAAAUAGGUCAUUUUUGAUGUCUCGAAUCUCCUAAACCUGUUGUCCGAUUUUAGUGAUUUUUUUAAUAUGUUAUAGCCUUAUUCUCUAAGAAUAAGGAUGUAUUAAUAGUGUUGCUGAACAGGUAAAUGUCAUUGUAUACCGGGUGUAACAAUAAUACUGUGUUUUUUCUAGCAUAUCCUAGCAUUUAAAAGAUAUUGAAAUUAAAACUCAAUUGUAGCCUUAGCCUUUCUUAACAUUCUGCUUUUUGACUCGUUCACUUAUGUUGGAUAAUGAAAAAGUUAGGUACUUUGACAACUGGCUAUGUUCUUCAUCAAUACAGGGUGUUUCUAAAUAAGUGCGACAAACUUUAAGGGGUAAUUCGGCAUGAAAAAAUAAUGACCGUUUGAUUUAUAAACAUAUGUCUGCAAAUGCUUCGUUUCCGAGAUACCGGAUGUUGAAUUUUUUCUUACACACUGACGAUUUAUUUAUUGCCCUAAAACCGGUUGAGAUAUGCAAAUGAAAUUUGGUGGAUUUUAAGAGGCAGUUAUUGCGCAUUUUUUGGCAAACAAUUAUGUAUUUUAUAUUCACCAUUGGCGUGCAUACGGGUCAUAUUACCUGAUCAUAUUACCUGUAUGCACGCCAAUGGCGAAUAUAAAAUUUUUAGUUGUAUGUCAAAAAAUGUGAAAUAACUACCUCUUAAAACCUACCAAAUUUCAUUUGUAUAUCUCGACCGGAUUUAGAGCAAUAAAUAAAUCGUCAGUUUGUAAGAAAAAAUUCAACAUCCCGUAUCUCGGAAACGAAGCAUUUGCGGACAUAUCUUUAUAAAGCAAACUGUCAUUAUUUUUUCAUGCAGAAUUAACCCUUAAAGAUUUUCGCACUUAUUUAGAAACACCCUGUAUUGAUGAAGAACAUGACUAGUUGUAAAAGUACCUAACUUUUUCAUUAUCCAACAUAAGUGAAUGAGUCAAAAAGCAGAAUGUUAAGAGAGGCUAAGGCUACAAUUAAGUUUUAAUUUAAAUAUUUUUUAAAUGCUAGAAUAUUCCACAGGGUGUUACGAACUUUCAGGAAAAACACAAUAUUAUUGUUACACCCGGUAUACAAUGACAUUUACCUGUUCAGCAACACUAUUACUACAUCCAUAUUCUUAGAGAAUAAGGCUGUAACAUAUUAAAAAAAUCACUAAAAUCGGACAACAGGUUUAGGAGAUUCGAGACAUCAAAAAUGACCCAUUUUUAAGGUGUCCCGACUUUUUUGGCCAGGAGUGUAUUUCGGAAAAUUUUCGGGAGGGGGGCGUUUUGUAAAUAUAUUGGUUUCUAAAUUUUAGUGCGUCGGACGAGUAUUUUUAUCAAACAAUCCUGUAAAAAAAAUUAUCAUUUACGACUACAUAGUGCGCCUACAUGAAUACGUAUUUUCUGAAAAAAAUAAUUUAUAUAAUAUAUACUUAUUAUAAUCAUAAAAUGUAUAAAAAAAAUAAAAA